AUGAUAGUGGUCGCAGUCUUCCUUCGUCUAAAGGGUAUCUCCAUCUACACGUACAUCGAUGAUUGGCUCUUGGUUUUCGCUGUCACAAGUUUCCUACCCCUGAUCAAGGGGAAGUGUGUCACGGUCUUCACGGGCAAUACUACUGCCCUCAGCUAUGUAAACAAGCAAAAGGGCACCGUCUCCCAACGCCUCUGCGACCUCGCCCUCCGGUUAGGGGACUUCUGCAUUGCCCACAACGUUUUCCUAGUCGCCACGCACAUCCCGGGGCACAUGAAUGUGCCGGUGGAUUACCUGAUAAAUAAUACCAAAUUCAUCAACUGUUUUUUAAAUAACUUGGUAUCUUUCUCCUUCCAGCCUCUUUUGAAGCCGUCACCUUGGAGUAACCAUCAGAACAGUGGUUGGAGCACUGGAAACAUGUCCUGGGGAAGUAUUCAUGGUAGAGACCACCGUAGAACUGGAAACACGGGAAUUCCAGGAACCAUGAACCAGAUUUCUCCUUUGAAGAAACCGUUUUCUGGUAACGUCAUAGCUCCACCUAAAUUUACACGUUCUACUCCGUCAUUGACACCAAAAUCGUGGAUUGAAGACAAUGUUUUCCGAACAGACAGCAACAGUAACACGCUCUUACCCUUACAGGAUCGAAACAGAAUGUAUGACAGUCUGAACAUGCACUCAUUGGAGAAUUCCCUUAUUGAUAUAAUGAGAGCUGAGCAUGAUCCUCUUAAAGGUCGCUUGAAUUAUCCACAUCCAGGGACUGACAAUCUUCUAAUGUUAAAUGCAAGGAGUUAUGGGCGAAGACGAGGUCGUUCUUCACUCUUCCCAAUAGAUGAUGGGUUGCUGGAUGAUGGUCAUACUGAUCAAGUUGGUGUGUUGAAUUCACCUACAUGCUAUUCUGCUCAUCAAAAUGGAGAACGAAUAGAACGCUUCUCUCGAAAAGUGUUUGUUGGUGGUCUUCCACCAGACAUUGAUGAAGAUGAAAUUACUGCUAGCUUCAGACGAUUUGGACCUCUGGUGGUUGACUGGCCUCACAAAGCAGAAAGCAAAUCCUAUUUCCCCCCUAAAGGUUAUGCAUUCCUCCUUUUCCAAGAGGAGAGUUCUGUCCAGGCACUGAUUGAUGCCUGCAUUGAAGAAGAUGGAAAGCUCUAUUUGUGUGUUUCUAGCCCCACCAUCAAGGAUAAGCCAGUCCAAAUCCGUCCCUGGAACUUAAGCGAUAGUGACUUUGUAAUGGAUGGUUCGCAACCUCUGGACCCUCGGAAAACUAUCUUUGUGGGUGGUGUCCCCAGGCCAUUAAGAGCUGUGGAGUUGGCCAUGAUAAUGGACCGACUCUAUGGUGGAGUUUGUUACGCAGGAAUUGAUACAGAUCCUGAACUGAAAUACCCAAAAGGUGCUGGGCGAGUUGCUUUCUCCAAUCAGCAGAGCUACAUUGCUGCCAUUAGUGCUCGGUUUGUUCAACUUCAACAUGGCGAUAUUGAUAAACGAGUGGAGGUGAAGCCAUACGUGCUGGAUGACCAGAUGUGUGACGAAUGCCAGGGUGCAAGGUGCGGUGGGAAGUUUGCUCCGUUUUUCUGUGCCAAUGUCACUUGCCUGCAGUAUUACUGUGAGUUCUGCUGGGCGAACAUCCAUUCUCGGGCAGGACGUGAAUUCCAUAAGCCAUUGGUUAAGGAAGGGGCUGACCGCCCCCGCCAGAUCCACUUCCGCUGGAACUGAGCUAGAUCCGUCAAGAUCCCUGUCAGGAAAGAAGAAUGCAUGUGGCCUACUGUGUUUGACGAAAAUGACAUGCAGAAGAAAUAAGUGCAUUUUUCUGCUUCUUACCCCAACUCUCAAUACAUGCAUCUUUUUCAGCAGCCAAAACACUACAAAGCCUCUUGUUUUUCACCAAAACCCUACAUCUCAGGCUUACUGAUUUUUGUGAUAUUUUCAUGUUAAAAUUAAAAAAAAUGUUUUUUUGUAUUUUUCGCCAACUUAUUUUUAUAUGUAAAUUUAAACCUAGAUAUGAGAAUGUUUUUGCGUAGGGGCACAGAGUCUGCUGCUAUAUUUAGUGGGUGAAGCGUGCACUUAUUUCUAAACAUGGGUUUUUAAACUUCAAGAUCUGCCCCAGUAAUUUACCAAAGGUAGCAAAAAUAGUAAAGAUGGAAUAU